AUGGAAUAUUUUGUUCCAAUUUUGAUGGUAGCUAUCAGAGAAAAAAUUCCAGAUGAUGAGAGUUCUGAAUUUAGAAUUAUGGUUAAGUUAUUGUAUAAAAGAUUAUGUUCUAAUUUUAAUUACAACAUCUUACCAUUAGAUAAUUCAAUUUUUAGUGUUGAAAAUGCUGUAGAACAUCUUUUUAAUGUUGUUAAAGAAGAAGGUGUUGAACGUGCCAUGAAUAAUACAAUUAAUUAUGACAUUGUAAAAGAUCUUACAUCAAAAUUAGGUACAGUUUUUGAUGAUAAUAAUGAACAACUUUCAACUAUUUCUUUUUCAUGGAGUACAAAAAGAACAUUGUUUUCUAUUGGACUUGUUAUCAAUCAAAUUGGAUUUUAUGUUUUAAGACAUGGCACUUAUACUCCAAUGUUUGUUCAUGAAAUUAAAAUAUGGAAGAAAAUCAUUGAUUAUCUUGCUGUUUCUGAAAAUCCUAAAAGAAAUGAGCCUUAUUAUUCAAGACUGACUACGAUUUUCGGUACCUUAGAAGAUUAUACAAAGAAAUAUAAAAGUAUUCUUGAUUUAUUUUUGAUCGCAUUAGCAAACAAAAGUAAUAAGUAG